AUGUUGGCCGUUACCCCUUCUUCGGAUUCAACUUCAGCCUCGCUGAUCCAUUCAAGGGAGCUGAAGCUUGGCUUUUUCAGCAACGAGUAUCCCCAUGAUGACAGGAAGACGUUGCUGAGGCGUCUACUCGCACACAGCAAGGACAAGCAAUAUCCUAAUCUUGCGCGUUUCAUCCACGAAGCCACAGUGGCGGUUCAUGAAGAGGCUCGCCAGCUCCCUGCUCCAUUGCGGGAAUUGAUUCCGCACUUUGAUUGUAUAUUUGAUCUGGCCGAUGAUGCAAAACUCAUCAGUGGACCAUUUGCUGGCUCCAUUGACGAGCUUCUGCUCUGCGCUGUGCAGUUGGCCACUUUCAUCGGAUACUACGAGGAUAGCAAAGAGAACUAUGACUUCCACAGCGUCAAUGCUUGCCUGACUGGUCUUGGUGCUGGACUCUUGGCUACGGCAGCAGUAUCCUUGGCGCCGACGCUUGGUGAUAUUCCUAUUGUUGGAGCCGAGGUAAUUCGUGUAUGCUUCCGAAUGGUUGUUCUAGUCAAUCAAGUAUCGCAGAAUUUAGAGCCGAGGCACGGUGACGGGCUUGGAGAUAGCUGGGCCUACGUGAUACCGGGAGUCGUGGCUGAAGAUGCUCAGAAAGAGCUUGAUACUAUCAAUGCAGCCGAGCUUACGCCAGAGGCCAGCAAGAUAUUUAUCAGUGCCAUGAGCCGUAACUCAGUAAUCCUAAGUGGGCCACCGGCACGGCUCAAACAUCUCUUCUGUACAUCUCACUUCUUCCGCAAUCGCGACUGGUCAGCGAUGCCGGUAUACAGCGGCCUUGGCCACGCACCUCACAUUUACACCUCGGCGCAUGCCGUCAAUGUCGUGAGGACUCCGUCAAUGGAGUUGCUAGAUGCGCGCUACUCGCCUCAAGUCCCCAUCUUCUCCAUCUCAACAGGCGAGCCUAUCUCUGCCAGCAGCGCCAGCGAGCUGUUCCAGACCAUAGUGGAGGAGCUCCUCAUAAAGUCCAUUCAGUUUGACAAGGUUAUCGAGAGCAUCCUGCAAAUGGCCAAGGAUUUGGAGGCAACAGACUGCCAGGUUCUUAUCUUUCGCACAUCGUUUCCCGUGCGAGAUCUGCUCAAGGCAGUUCAGGAGCAAGAACAGCAAGGCUUAAGCAUUCUCCGUGCCUCGGUGCGGGACCUGGUGCCGUGGCUGAGUGAGGCCGGAACGCCGCGAAAGAGUCUGGACUCGGCGCAGUCCAAGAUUGCUAUUGUGGGAAUGGCAUGCCGAUUGCCCGGAGGGGCAACUGACACUGAAAGGUUUUGGGAUAUCCUGGACGCCGGGCUGGAUGUCCACCGCAAGAUUCCAGCAGAUCGUUUUGACGUCGAUACGCACUGUGAUCCUGCAGGCAAGCGCAUGAAUACAAGCUACACGCCGUACGGCUGCUUCAUUGAUGAGCCGGGCCUCUUUGAUGCGCCGUUCUUCAACAUGUCGCCUCGUGAGGCUCUUCAGACCGACCCAAUGCAACGGCUGGCUAUCGUGACGGCCUAUGAGGCUCUUGAGCGCGCCGGCUACGUUGCAAAUCGUACCGUCUCGACAAAACUGGAGCGUGCGGGCUCCUUUUACGCGCAGGCUAGCGAUGAUUAUCAUGAAGUUAACUCAGGUCAAGAAAUAGGUACCUACUUUGUAACAGGAGGAUGUAGAGCCUUUGGAGCGGGACGAAUCAACUACUUCUUCAAGUUUGCUGGACCCAGUUACAGUAUUGAUACUGCCUGUUCGUCUGGUUUGGCAACUAUCCACCUUGCAUGUAACUCACUGUGGAACGGUGAUACAGACAUGGCAGUAGCUGGCGGCACAAACGUGCUGACCAACUCGGACGGCUUUGCUGGACUGAGCAACGGCCACUUCUUAUCCAAGACCCCCAACGCAUGUAAGACGUGGGACAGCGAGGCUGACGGAUAUUGCCGCGCGGAUGGCGUAGUCUCACUGGUGUUGAAGAGGCUCGAAGAUGCCGAGGCCGACAAUGACAACAUCCUCGGCGUGAUUCUCGCCGCAGGAACCAACCAUUCGGCUGAGGCUGUCUCCAUCACGCAUCCUCAUGCCGGCCACCAGGCUGACCUCACUCGAGCCUUGCUGCGUAAAGCCGCCGUGGAUCCGCUAGAUAUCGGUUAUAUCGAAAUGCAUGGCACCGGGACACAGGCUGGCGAUGCGCAAGAGAUCCAGUCCGUAUGCAACGUCUUUGCGCCCCUAACGACGCGCCGCCGCUCGUCCAAGCAGCCACUCCAUAUCGGUGCAGUCAAGUCCAAUAUCGGUCAUGGAGAGGCGGUGGCGGGCAUAACAGCAUUGCUCAAAGUACUCCUAAUGUUCGAAAAGGGGGCCAUACCGAAGCACGUUGGCAUAAAGGGCGUGAUCAACCCGGGGUUUCCCAGUGAUCAGGAGAUGCAGCGCAGAAACCUCCACAUUCCCUACGAAAAGGUUUCGUGGCAGCACAAUCCCGAGCGCAAGCGCGUUGCCGUUGUUAACAACUUCGGCGCAUCCGGCGGCAAUAGCAGCCUCAUCAUCGAGGAGCCACCGUUGCGAGACAACACCGAGAGAAGAGAUCCUCGCGCAGCCCACCUCGUCGUGGUCUCAGCCAAGAGCAAAGUUUCGCUCAGGGGUAAUCUGGAACGCUUGGUCGCCUACCUAGAGGUGCAUCCGGAUGUUUCGAUGGCUGAUCUGGCUUAUACUACAACCGCACGGCGCCAGCAUCACAACCACCGCGUAGCCAUUUCUAUCUCUACAUCUUCAUCGCCGGAGGGCAUGUUAUCUGCGUUGAAAAGGCAGCUUGUCUCGCACAUGGAGUCGGCGGACACGCACAAGCCCAUCUCACCAACAGGUCCGCCACCGGUGGUGUUUGCCUUUACUGGCCAAGGGGCUUCCCACCGGUCGAUGAACCUUGGGCUGUUUCGUGAGUCACCAGUCUUUCGUGAGCAAAUUCUGCAUCUCGAUUCACUGGCGCAAGGCCAGGGCUUCCCAUCCAUCAUCCCCGUCAUCGAUGGUAGCCAUCCACAGGACCAUGCGCAUUCCCCCAUUAUGACACAUCUCGCUCUUGUCUGCGUCGAGAUUGCGCUCGCCAAGUAUUGGAACUCGCUCGGGGUGUAUCCUAGCGUAGUCGUCGGCCACAGCCUGGGCGAGUAUGCUGCGCUACAUGUUUCUGGUGUUCUCUCAGCGGCCGACACCAUCUUCCUGGUCGGUAGCCGCGCCAUCCUCUUGGAGCAGAAGUGUACGAUUGGCAGCCAUAAGAUGUUGGCUGUAAAGGCAUCCCUCGAUACAAUAAACAAGAAGGCCGGCUUCACAGGUCUCCCGUUUGAAGUCUCGUGUAUCAAUGGGCCCAAUGACACGGUCCUCAGCGGACUAGGGGCUGAUAUGGAGGCCCUGGCCACGGCUCUGCAGGAAUCUGACCAAGACGGCCCUGGACUUAAAUGCUCCCUAUUGGAUAUAGCCUUUGCCUUCCACUCUUCCCAAACAGACCCAAUAUUGGAUGAAUAUGAGCAUUUAGCUAGCAAAGGUGUGCUUUACCAUGCACCGGCCAUUCCCAUCGUGUCGCCGCUGCUUGGUUGCAAUAUCACCAAGGAAUUGAUAGUCAACCCGACUUACCUGCGCCGUGCAACUCGUGAGACUGUGGAUUUCGUUGCCGGCAUCAAGGCUGCUCACCACGCUGGACUUAUUGACGAGUCCACGACGUGGGUCGAGAUUGGUCCACACCCUGUAUGCCUCGGCCUGUCCCGCAGCAUCUUGGCCGACUCCUUCUCUCUGACGUUGGCUGCUCCGUCCUGGCGACGAGGCGAAGACGACUGGAAGACAUUGAGCCACUCCCUGGGCGUUCUGUAUAGUGCUGGCGUCCCACUACGGUUUGAUGAGUUCCAUCGUCCAUUCGAGCAUGCAUUGCGUCUCCUAGACUUGCCAACCUAUAAAUGGAACGAUAAGAACUACUGGCUCCAGUAUAACGGCGAUUGGGCCCUUACCAAGGGUAACACUUUCUAUGACGAGGAGAAGAAGCUGCUGCUGCAACAACAACAGACAAGGGCCUUGCCGGCGCCGCCACGCUCUGGACUUCGAACAUCACUAGUCCAUGAGGUUGUGGAUGAGUCGUUUGACGGCUCUGCUGGUCGUGUUAUUGUGCAGUCUGAUUUGAUGCAGGCUGAAUUUCUGACUGCUGCGCGGGGCCAUCAGAUGAAUGGAGCAGGCGUAGUCACUUCGUCUAUCCACGCAGACAUUGCCUAUACCCUAGGUAAAUACCUCUAUGAGAACCUGCGACCACAAGCAAACGUGGGAGGUGCUCCUAUGGACAUGGAAGUGUGCAAUAUGGUUGUGCGCGAGGGAAUAGUUGUCCAGAAGAAUACCGAAGUGCCGCAGAUGAUCCAGGUGUCCAUCUCCACCCCAGACAUCGACUCAGGGGUAGCCAAUCUGGAGUGGCAUAAUCUCACUUCUGAUGCUUCCGCGCUCACCGAUGAAGAGCCCAUAGUGACGGCCCAGAUCCGCUACAGAUCUUCGGCUGACAGCCUUGCUAGCUGGAUAUCGACGACGCAUCUGGUACAGGGUCGCAUCGAAACGCUCCAGCAUCUUGCGGAGAAAGGCAUAGCCAGCCGGUUGUCGCACAGCCUGGCAUACCUCCUCUUCUCCAACAACCUGGUCCACUACGCAGACGAGUACCGGGGCAUGCAGUCGGUGGUGAUGCAUGGUCUCGAGGCCUUUGCCGAUGUGAUUCUCAAGGCCAAGUCCAGCGGCCUUUGGACUGUUCCGCCAUUCUUCAUCGACAGCGUUGCCCAUCUGGCGGGUUUUGUGAUGAACGUAUCCGAUGCCAUGGAUACUCGCGCCAACUUCUGUGUUACUCCUGGCUGUGGCUCGAUGCGUAUCGCUCGCCCACUCGUUGCCGGGGCUAAAUACCAAUCCUAUGUCAAGAUGAUUCCAACAACUGAGGACCCAACCGUCUAUCUUGGCGAUGUCUACAUAUUGCAGGAGGGUGAGAUCAUUGGCCUUGUUCACGACAUCAAGUUUCGCCGCUACCCCCGCCUGCUACUCAACAGAUUCUUCUCGCCCCCCGAUGUUAAGAACAGCAGUACUGCCACCGUUUCUACACGUACUCAUGCGCAACCUGAUGAGGAACGAUCGCUAGAGGCAUCAAUACAGACGCCAUUAGUGUCUACUCGAGCCUCUAUCCCUGCGCCUGUCCCCAUCUCCACGGUUGCCCCGGUUGAGCUGGCGCCACCCGCGGCGGACAGCACAGCUAUGAAAGCCAUGGCGCUUUUAGCGGAAGAAUCAGGGCUCGACCCUGCUGACCUGAACGAUGAGGCCAACUUCAUGCACCUGGGAGUUGACAGCUUGAUGAGCCUCGUCAUUGCUGAGAAGUUUCGGGACGAGCUCGGCGUUGUGAUUAAUGGCAGCUUAUUCUUGGAGUAUCAGACAGUUGGGGACUUGCGUGCGUGGUUGGUGGAGUACUAUAGCUAGAGUGAAGAGCAUUUUGUGAC